CUGACAAAGCAGCUUCAUUGGCUUAUAAAAACGAUAUUCAUCCUACUAGUUUCACGAAACUGCGAAAAUAAGCAUGGCAGAAGCAGAGGUCAGCAGCAGAGAAAGCAGAUGGUCUCUCAAAGGAAUGACUGCUCUUGUCACUGGCGGAACACGAGGCAUAGGGUUUGCAAUAGUAGAAGAGCUAGCAGGGUUUGGAGCUGCAGUCCACACUUGUUCUCGUAACGAGACAAAGCUUGAUGAAUGCAUAAGAGAAUGGGAAAGCAAAGGUUUCAGGGUGACUGGAUCAGUAUGUGAUGUCUCAUGCCGAACCCAAAGAGACAAACUAAUAGAGAAAGUCUCAUCUACCUUUCAAGGAAAACUUAAUAUCCUUGUGAACAACGCUGCAGCAGUUGUAAGCAAGAAUAGCACAAAAGUCACUGCAGAGGAUAUGGCAUAUACUUUGGGUACAAAUGUUGAGGCUUCUUAUCACCUUUGUCAGCUUGCACACCCUCUUUUAAAAGCAUCAGGAAAUGGAAGCAUUGUGUUUAUUUCCUCUGUUGCCGCUGUUGUAGCCUUACCUACACUUUCCUUCUAUGGAGCGUCUAAAGGAGCACUUAAUCAGUUGACCAAGAGCUUAGCGUGUGAGUGGGCACAUGACAAAAUCCGAGCUAAUGCAGUGUCACCAUGGAUCAUCAAAACUCCUCUUUUGGAUGCUAGUCUUGCUAAAAGUCCAAGUGAACAGCGAGCUGGUAUGAGUCGGAUUGUCGCUCAAACUCCCAUCAGCCGCUUAGGGGAGGCUAGUGAGAUAUCAUCUCUAGUGGCAUUUCUGUGCCUCCCUACUGCCGCGUAUAUCACAGGGCAGAUUAUUUCUGUUGACGGUGGAUAUACCGCCAAUGGUGGAUAUACUGCUAAUGGUUUUUGACCAUCUUCUGGAUAACAGAGGACAGUCUUUUAUGUUGUUGGUGUUGUUUUUGUUAAAAAAAAAACACUGUUUUAUGUUGUUGGUCGACUUGGUGUUGUUGUUCUUAAAAAAAUGUGUAAUAAUAACUCGCACAAAGCUGGGUGCGGGAUUUCAAAUUAUUUUUCAGUGUAAGAGAAGAAUAUGUUGGUAUUGUGAAUGUAUUUCUUUUAUCAUAAAAAAUUUUAAUUGUGAAUUGAAAAAUUAAUAAAUAUGUUUAAUGAAAUAUAAUGAAAAUUGAAGGAACUAAUAAACUAUAAAAAAGUAGUUAAUAUUAAAUAAAGACUAAAGUGAAAAAUUAAAAUAUAGAUAUAUAUGCUAUUUUAAUGUAGACUAAAGUAGUUAAUAGUUAAUAUAAUAUUAAAUAAAGACUAAAAUUAAAAAAUCAAAACUGAAGGACUAAACUGUAGAUUUAUACGUCUUGUGAUAGUAAACAUGUAAAAAGGCUAUUUUUUAACCAAUAUCAAUUUUUAUCCUUGUAAAAUAGAAAAACAAAACUAAGAAAAUGAUAAAAGAAGAACAAUUAAAAAAACAAGGAUCAAAAUUAGAUAAAGAAAAAUAACUUAAAUAAAAUAUUGAAGGAUAAAAUUAAAAAAAUAAACAAAUAAAAAACAGGGCAGACAGUGGCCACUUGUUGGCAUGUGCAUACUUUUUGUUUUUAUUAUUAUUUUUAUUCGUUAAAAGACUUAUUUGCUCCUAGUUUUUCAUAAAAUAUGAAUUUUUUUAUAAAAUGUUUCUUUACACAUCAAUUUCAUAAAAUAAUUAGUUUGUUAAAAUUAAAAUAACUAACUGAAUUAAAAACUAAAAAAAAAUAUUUAUGUAUAUACUAACCUCGAACUUUUUAAACCAAGCAUCAAUCAUAUGCUUCUAUUCAAGAUUUUUAGAAACCUAACUCCAUUAAAAGAAAGACAUUUUCAUCAAUGAUUUCAUCAUGCGAGUAGCCUUCAUAUUUGUAAAUCUAAAAUUUCAUUCAUUUAUUGAAAUUAAUUAUUAAGAAAUUAUUCAUUGUUGUUUUUUUUUCGUGCAAGAAAGAAAAACAAUUUACAUGUUGUGGUCAAGUUUCCAUUGAGCAAUUUACUUCCCAAUAUAUACAUCCUAUUAAAAAAGGGCACUCCCUCUGCGAGUCAUCCUCGCACUCGACGAGCUUGCGUCGAGAAAGAGUUCAUGUGCCCAAGGUGCCUAGUCAUGAUCGGCAACUAGCAGCUCAUGGUCAUCAGAAGUGUUGCUAAAAGAACCAACACCCCUCAUGUUUGUAUUAUUGUCCAAUGACCUUCUCUUUAUCAUCUAAAGAAAUUAAGUAUAAAAAAAUAAUAACAUUAUC